GUUGGUGUGCCUGUACAGAAGUGAAAAGUUUUACGAAAUUGACGAUGGAAGCUUAGUUUUGGUGCAUUUAUUAUUCUAUAUUUUAAUGUUACACGUGCCUGUGACAUUGUAAUCGUUUGCUUUAUUUUUCAAACACUACAGUGAAGAUAAAAUAAUCGCCGGUAGGAUCUUUGCAACCUGUAAACAGCAAUCAUGUCUUCGUCGGCAAUUUUUAUACUGGACGCCAAAGGCAAAGUGCUCAUUUCACGCAACUAUCGCGGCCAUAUCGACAUGGGUGUCAUCGAUAAGUUUAUGCCGCUUUUGAUGGAAAAGGAAGAGGAAGGUUUGAUAACGCCGAUCCUGCAGACACCGGAAUGUACAUUUGCGUAUGUGAAGACCAACAAUCUGUACUUGGUGUCAGUGACUCGAAGCAACGCAAAUAUUGCGCUGGUAUUUGUUUUCCUCCACAAGGUGGUGCAGGUAUUCACCGAGUAUUUCAAAGAACUAGAAGAGGAGAGCAUUCGGGACAACUUUGUCGUCAUUUACGAACUAUUGGAUGAGCUGAUCGAUUUCGGUUACCCACAAACCACAGAUAGUAAGAUUCUGCAGGAAUACAUUACACAGGAGGGUCACAAGUUGGAAAUUCAACCCAGAAUUCCGAUGGCUGUAACGAAUGCCGUAUCAUGGCGUUCGGAGGGAAUUAAGUAUCGAAAAAACGAAGUAUUUCUUGAUGUGAUCGAAAGCGUCAAUCUGCUGGCCAAUGCAAACGGAAAUGUUCUCCGAAGUGAGAUCGUUGGGGCCAUCAAGAUGCGCGUUUAUUUGUCCGGAAUGCCCGAACUGCGGCUCGGUUUGAAUGACAAAGUUCUUUUUGAAAGUACAGGUCGUGGUAAGUCCAAAUCGGUCGAGCUGGAGGACGUCAAGUUCCACCAGUGUGUACGGUUGUCUCGUUUCGAAAACGAUCGGACAAUUUCGUUUAUCCCUCCGGACGGUGAAUUCGAAUUGAUGUCCUAUCGGCUGAAUACGCAUGUAAAGCCGCUGAUUUGGAUCGAAUCGGUCAUCGAGCGGCACGCUCACAGCCGGGUGGAAUACAUGAUAAAGGCGAAGUCGCAGUUUAAGCGGCGGUCAACGGCAAACAAUGUUGAAAUUGUCAUUCCGGUUCCAGCGGAUGCUGAUUCCCCCAAGUUUAAGACAACAAUCGGAAGCGUUAAGUAUGCACCGGAACAGAAUGCCAUUACCUGGACCAUUAAGUCUUUUCCGGGUGGCAAAGAGUAUCUGAUGCGAGCACACUUUGGACUACCGAGCGUCGAGUGUGAGGACACAGAAGGCAAGCCACCGAUUCAAGUGAAAUUUGAAAUCCCGUACUUCACCACUUCCGGUAUUCAGGUCCGUUAUUUGAAAAUCAUUGAGAAGAGCGGUUAUCAAGCGCUACCGUGGGUUCGCUAUAUCACCCAGAACGGCGACUAUCAACUGAGGACAAAUUAGGAAAGCCUCUCCGUGGUAUCCAGAAAUGCAUGUUACUUUUUGAAAGACAACAAGGAAUGUAAAUUUUAUAUUGCGUCGAACGGAUGGAAAAUUUGGUUUGACUAGUACUAAUCGCAACUGUAUCAGCACAGCUCCCAUUCAAUCAUAUAGUCUACUGUUUGUCCUGUUUAGGCUCUGAAGUCAGUGCAUCGGCAAUAAUGGCCUUCGAAAUGUUAGUUAAAAUUAUCGAAACAAGUAUUAGGAAUCAAAAGAAAGUUUACUUAUUUUAUUUGUAAUUAACAGACAUUCGGUUUAUUUUUCACAUCGCAUCGAGCUGUGCUCUUCCAAUU